AACAAGCUUGCAUCGAGAAAAGUGGAGUUAAAAAGAGGGACACUGGGCGAGAACUGGAUAUGUUUGAAGUGUUUCACGUUUGUUAAACAUUUACAUGCAUUACGUUUGACACUUACACGGCUUUACCGCGAAGGGACACGGUGAUUUUUCCGGAAAAAAGUCAUAAAAUGGAAUGUGUGUCGUCGUAGAUGAUCCCCUUCAUGCUGCCGUCUGAAGAGCUUGGGCAGGAGACCAGCAACAAGCAUGGACGUGGAAGACUUUCCUCCCCCACCUCCUGAAAUGUUGGUAGACAGCGUCCCCUUCGCAGACGAGGAUGAGGGGGAAGCCUUUGAAUUUGAUGACAGCGGUGAUGACAUUCCUGCGGCUGACUGCCUCCCCCCUGCACCUCCACCUCCUCUGGCCCCCAGCACCAAGGAACAGAGCCAGGACAACAUCGUGGCCAGUCACCCUGAGGAUCAUCUCCCAAGCCCAGACCCCCAAGCCCCUCCAGCCACAUCCAACACAGCUCCAUCAUCAUCAUCAGACUCAAAAGACACCACAGGCAAAUCCCCCACGGCAGGUGAAACAACAGCAGAAGGAGAAGGGACAUCUGCUGCAGAGGGGACUGAUAACAUUGAGACAGAUUUACCACUUCCUCCUCCUCCUCCUCUAGAUGAUGAUGCAGAGACAGAUCCUGGAAGAACAGGUGGGGAUGGCCUGGAUGCAUCAAUCAGUGACCCUCAAACUGUGCCAGCUGUCCCCAGGAGCUCCUCUCAGGGCAAAGUGAAUCCUUACUCUGUGAUUGACAUCACGCCUCUCCAAAUGCAACAGCUGGAGCAGCAGCAUGGGCCCUCCUCCUCCUCUUCCCCUUCCUCACCAAAAGAGCCCAAGGAAGGAGCGGGAGAUACGCAGGAUAUCAACACCAGCCCUGGUGGUGGCAUCACUUCAGGAUACUCAGUACCGGUGCCCUGUGGCUAUGCAACUCCCUCGGGUGUGCCGCUAAUCACACCUACUUACACCACACCCGUCAUCAUUCGUCAUCUCUCUGUGGACGAAGAUGUCACUGUGAUCGGGACUGGUAACACCUCUGCUGACAGUGUUUUCAGUGAGGAGUACCCACCUAUACGAGAGGAGGAUGCUUUGGCGAAAUGGGCGUCAGAUCCUGCCAACACUGCAUGGAUGGAAAAUCCAGACGAGGUCAUUUAUGAUGACGUGCCCAGAGAGAACUCUGACUCCAACACAGAUCCAGAUGAGAUGAUCUACGAUGACGUUGAACUUGGUGAGGAGGGUGGCUGCAAUAGUUCCCUCGACAACGGCUGGAGCUCCAGCGAGUUUGAAAGCUACGAUGAGGCCAGUGAUGGGGAGGGUCGCACUGAGAAUGGCCUGCCCCAUGCCUUCAUGAGAGGAAAGCCUCCUCAAAGGAAAACACAUCUCUCUCAAGAUCUGACACGCUUGAAAGAACACUAUGAGAAAAAGAUGAAAGAUCUAAUGGCAAAUACAGUGGGAACGGUAGAGCUGCAGCAGCUUAAACAGAAACACGAGCAGAAGAUGCAAAAACUGAUGAAGGCAGCCAAGGAAGGGACCAAAGAUGGGCUUGAGAAAACCAAAGCUGCAGUGAAAAAGGGACGCUCUUUCAUCAAAACCAAGUCAUUCUGUAACGAGAGGAAGUCAGCCUGUUUUGAGGAUGAGGAGUCUGAACUCUUCAUCGAGGUGGACUGCUUCAAUGUUGAGCCAGUGCUGAGUCCAGCACCAGAGGGUCUUUCACAGCAACAGCUGGUGAGAAGAUGUAUAUUGGGAUCUAUUCUGGAAAGUGAGAAGAACUAUCUGGACGCACUGAAGAGGAUAUUAGAGCAAUAUGAGAAGCCUCUGUCCCAGAUCGAGCCCAGGCUGCUGAGUGACAGGAAACUGAAGAUGACCUUCUAUCGUGUGCGCGAGAUCCUGCAGUGCCACUUCCUGUUUCAGAUUGCCCUGGCAAGCCGUGUGGCUGAGUGGGACAGCCUGGAGAUGAUCGGGGAUGUGUUUGUGGCAUCGUUCUCAAAGUCCAUGGUGCUAGAUGCCUACAGCGAGUAUGUGAACAACUUCAGCACAGCGAUGGCAGUUGUUAGGAAGACGUGUGCCGCCAAACCUGGCUUCCUGGAAUUUCUUAAGCAUCGUCAGGAGAACAGCAGUGACCGUGUGACUUUGUACAGCCUGAUGAUGAAACCUAUCCAGAGAUUUCCGCAGUUCAUUCUGCUCCUUCAGGACAUGCUGAAAAACACACCAGUGGGUCAUGCAGACCGGCUGCCCCUGCAGAUGGCUCUGACUGAACUGGAGACACUGGCAGAGAAGCUCAAUGAAAAGAAGAGGGAGGCUGACCAGCGCUGUGAGAUCCGCCACAUUGCAAAGGCCAUGAAUGAACGCUACCUCAACAAGCUUCUGAGUAACGGCAGCCGCUACCUUAUCCGCUCAGACGACAUGGUGGAGACGGUUUACAAUGAGCGUGGUGAAAUUAUCAAAACCAAGGAGCGACGCCUCUUCCUGCUCAAUGAUGUCCUCAUGUGUGCUACACCUAAUAUACGAUUUCAGGAUGGCAGCGGGAGCGGAAAUGGCAACGCCCCACUUGAGCAGAAGUUCCUCCUGAAGUGGAGCGUGCCUUUGAGCUUCGUGGAGGUGCUGGAGUUUGGAUCCAGUGAGGACAUGGCCGACAACAGCCACUACCCAGCACCACAUUCUGGGGAGAAGGUGGUCAUCAACGCUAAGCCAAACAAGCUGUACAUGGGCCCCGGUCAGUUGUACCAGGAUCUACAGAACCUGAUCCAUGACCUUAGCCUAGUGAACCAGAUCACCAGCAUGAUCUGCAGCCUUAAAGGCAACUACCAGAAUGUAAACUCUGCGGUGGCCCAGGACUGGGUAUCAGGCCUCCAAAGGCUGAUAAUGAAGAAGGAGGAGGAAAUCAGGGCAGCUGACCGGUGUCGGAUCCAACUCCAGCUGCCUGGCAAACAAGAAAAGUCGGGUAAACCCACUUACUUCAGUGCAGUGUUCAACACUCUGGGCCCAGCCAUCAAGCAGUCAUGGAUCAGUAACUUGCAGAUGGCAAAGCUGGCUCUAGAGGAAGACAACCUGCAGGGCUGGUUCUAUGCAGAGGAUGAUGGGAAUCACAUCAAGAAGCAGAAGCACCCUCUCUUGCUGCGGCAGAUGCCUGUGGUCAUGUCAAAACUGCAAGAGUUCAAGGUGGAAUGUGCCGUUCACAAUCCAGAGCCUCACAUCAACACAGAGAGCACAGCGGACACUCCUGUCGUGGGUCACGGCUGCGUCUGGGUCGCAAGCUGCACCAACCAGAUGGGACAGAUAUCCAUAGUGGCCAUGCAGAACUCCAGCCCCAAGGUGACUGAGUGUUUCAAUGUAGAGUCCCGGAUUCUUUGCAUGGCUUACGUCCCUGCAGAGCAACCUCAGGAGAAUGGCGAGAAGGUCCCUGAAGACAACCAUGUCCCCACAACGAAGGCCAGUGACACCCCAAGUGUUUGUCUGGGCAUGGAGGAGGGCAGCAUCAUUGUGUACAAGAGCAGCCAGCGGUCCAAGAAAGUCCGUCUGCAGCAUUUCUUCACCCCAGACAAAUCUACGGUCACCAGCCUGGUCUACAAGAAACACUGUCUGUAUGCAGGCCUCGUCAGCGGCUCUGUUGCCAUCUAUUCCAGAUCACAAGAUGGUUUGUGGAGCUCUGAGAAGCCUAAGGUGCUGAAGUUGGGAGUCCUCCCAGUCAAGGCCAUACUGGCUGUGGAGGAGCACCUCUGGGCGUCAUCCGGCGGACAGGUCUUCAUCAUCAGCAGCCACACACACUCAGUAGAGAGACAGCUGGAGGCCCACCAGGAAGAGGGCAUGGUGGUGUCCCACAUGGUGGUGGCAGGGGUGGGGAUCUGGAUCGCCUUCAGCUCUGGAUCCACGCUGCGUCUUUUCCACACUGAGACCCUGGAGCACCUACAGGACAUAAACAUAGCCACGCCUGUCCACAAUACACUGCCUGGGAACCAGAGAGUGUCCGUGAGCAGUCUGCUGGUGUGUCAUGGUCUGCUGCUGGUAGGAACCAACCUGGGUGUGACUGUGGCCCUCUCUGUUCCAAGACUGCAGGGGAUCCCAAAAGUCACAGGUCGGGGUAUGGUGUCCUUACACGCUCACAACGGACCAGUGAAGUUCCUCACUGUCGCUGCAGCAGUUUGUAACCGACAUGGCCCUCAAUCCUCUUUGACUCCCUCCUCAACACAGCCAACAGAUCCAGAGGACGCGGACAACAGCCUGCCCACCUCAGAUCUAGCCCCGUCUCCCCCUCAGGGACGGGGGGUGUGGCUUGGAGAGGCGGGCUGUACGACCAUGGCUCUCCAAGACUCUUUGUCCUCCUCCUGUGGCUCCUUAGCCCCAUCCCAGGGCUCCUUGGAGCACGGGCCCGAAGACGGGGCCCUCUAUGACAUGCUCCAUGACCCCGCACAUCACCAGAGGGGCCGCCGGUCCAGCAAGGUAGAUGUCAGCUCUCUGCUGGUGGUGUCUGGAGGUUUAGGCCACCGAAGAGUGAAUAAAAAGACCAAACAGAAUCGACAUGAGGACAACACCUCGACCAUCAUGAUCUGGCAGAUCCCCUUGCUUAACAUGUGACACGUAAAGCAGGUUUGAACAAAAGUGCUGCUCACAUGGAGAUGACUUGUUACUCUCCAUUCAACAUUUGGGAUCGAUCAGAACAACGUAAUGCCUUUUUGGAACACAGAAGUGCAUCCAGCAGCAUCCACAGCAAUCUGAUGAUGUUUUAAUGAUGUCUCCUACCAUGAAAACACAAGGGAUCAAUACAACCACUCAAUCAUGAUGCUCCCUAGAGAAAAAACCUCCCUACAGACCAAUGAAAGGAUAUACUGUGCUUUUUAGGAAUAUACUUAUCUAAGAAAAAACACUGAAAGGUCUUUAAUUUCACCCUUCCAUGAAGUCAGUUGUUGUCUGUAACAUGGCUAAUACAUAACUCUCCAGUGUUAGUGCCAUACAAGGUGUCUGUAUCGGACUGCAGUAUUUAAAACAGUGUUGAGAAGAGAUGAUUGUUUUACUAGAGAGGUAAAUAAGAUAAAGAUGAGGCUUUGAAUCAUGGAAGUUUUAUCAAGAUUAGCAGACUGUUACGUUCUUCUCUUAGGAUAUCUCUAAAGGUCAGAGUUGUAAAUACAAAGUUUGACAACUCAGGAUUACAUGUGUGUGAGUUCUAGUGUAAGAGAAAAGUUCAGUGUUUAUAUAAAAUCCAGUGACUGUGCUAUUGGACGAGCUGUUAACAGGAAAUGGAUGAAAACAAAGUGAAAUACUGAUGACUGAACUAAUUUGAGAAGGCUUAUGAGAAUCUCUGGCUGGCCAGGUUUCUAUUCAUAAAGGGAUGGGAGAGUUGUUAUCUGCAGGAGAGUUUUUUUUCCCAUAAUGCAUCUUUGUUCUCACAUAAGGAUAUUUAAAAAAAAACACAAAAAGCUUUAUACAUUUGUCACUGUUUGUAUGUACUUCUUUUUAUUUGUAUUAACAUUUUCAUAAACUUCUAUUUACCACCCUG